AUGAGUAGUAACGGUGGCGCAAUCUUUCGUGCUUUAUCGUCUGCAUUUAAGCUUCUGCAAGCUAGAAAACUUGUGUCUGGGUGUCUGGGUUUUGCCGCGUCUAAGGCUCUAGAAAAGGUGACUCUCAGGCAUCGCUUUUUAGACGCAAGUUAUUCGCAGAAGGAGACAUCGAUCGGAAUUGAUACAGUGCGAUAUGCUGAUGUAAGGGUUUCCGGAUUGAGAGAGGAACUGAAAUUUCUUUCCUUGAGCUUGUUAGUGCCUCAGGUUCUGUUGUUUUUCCAGGUUUGGGUUAAGGGGCUUGCUUUCCUAUCCAGCCAUCAUAGAGCUGGCCAUGCAUCAAAGAUAAGUGAAGCAUUGGAUGGGCUGAACAUGUGUUUGAAUGGUACUGAAUGGUGCCAGCCUAACUUUUGCACGUCUGGGAUCUCGGGAGGUGCGAUCGAUUGGAGUGUGGGACUCUCUCGCCUUUUCAAAAAGCGUACUGGAAGGUUAAUCCUUCUUCCAAUGCAAGAUGGUGGUUGGAUUGAGUACAGAGUGUUGAUGUUCAGAUUUGAUGGUGUGACGUUGCAAGAUGGUGAUGUUACACUCAGCAUGGAUUGGCAAAGGUAUCAUUUAAGGUGGCUUUGGAAGAAUUUUCGUGUUUUGCUUGAUGAAGUAUCUUUUACUGGCAAUUACAAUGAGUACUUUGGAUUUGCAACUGAUGUAGAUGCUGUGACCUACUUGAUGCUUGUGAAUGAUAUGAUUCAUGGUCUCUUCCCAGAGGCUGUCACUAUUGGUGAAGAUGUUAGUGGAAUGCCAACAUUUUGCAUUCCAGUUGAAGAUGGUGGUGUUGGAUUUGAUUACCGUCUCCACAUGGCCAUUGCUGAUAAAUGGAUUGAGAUUCUCCAGAAGAGAGAUGAAGACUGGAGAAUGGGUGACAUUGUACACACGCUGACCAACAGAAGGUGGUUGGAAAAGUGUGUUGCUUAUGCUGAAAGUCAUGACCAAGCUCUCGUUGGUGAUAAAACUAUCGCAUUUUGGUUGAUGGACAAGGAUAUGUACGACUUCAUGGCUCUCGACAGACCAUCUACCCCUCUUAUAGAUCGUGGAAUAGCAUUGCACAAAAUGAUCAGGCUUAUUACCAUGGGAUUGGGCGGAGAAGGAUAUUUGAAUUUUAUGGGAAAUGAAUUUGGGCAUCCUGAGUGGAUUGAUUUCCCAAGAGGCGAACAACAGCUUCCCAGCGGCAAAGUAAUUCCAGGGAACAAUCACAGUUAUGAUAAGUGCCGACGUAGAUUUGAUUUAGGGGAUGCAAAGUAUCUAAGGUAUCAUGGAAUGCAAGAAUUCGAUCGGGCAAUGCAGCAUGUUGAAGCAGCCUAUGGUUUCAUGACUUCUGAGCACCAAUUUAUAUCUCGAAAAGAUGAAGGAGAUCGGAUCAUUGUCUUUGAGAGGGGAAACCUCGUUUUUGUGUUCAAUUUUCAUUGGUCUAACAGCUAUUCGGACUAUCGAAUUGGUUGCGUAAAGCCAGGAAAGUACAAGAUUGUCUUGGAUUCUGAUGAUACCUUGUUUGGAGGCUUCAGCAGGCUUAAUCACAAUGCUGAGUACUUCACUUUUGAAGGAUGGUAUGAUAACCGGCCCCGAUCCUUCAUGGUGUAUGCACCAAGCAGAACAGCAGUAGUCUAUGCUUUAGUGGAGGAUGAAGAGAAACCAACCAUCACCGUCGAUAGCUAAGAUAAAGGAUCUUACAACAGGUUCCUCUGAAGCAGGAAUAACAUUAUUGAUCUACAGGAAUGACAAUCACUUGGGCCUACAAUCGAUGUCACAAUCCUUGCGCUUUUUCGCUCAGCACUUUCACCAGCCAAGUCAGCCCAGUUGAAACUGAAAAGGGAAAGAGAAAGAUGUUUGCCAGAUCGCAGAACCAUGCAAAUAUCCUAGCCAGCUCGAACUUUUAAAUCAUACAAGCAAAGUUUCCUGUGGCAAAACCAUUACUGUGUAAAUGCUUUAUUUAGCGUUUAGCAGAGCUAAGUUAUGUUUAUACACGUCCAGAUAAGCAGAUAAGUUUUUGUGUAUAGGCGGUACAAGGAAAACUGCCGUGACAACUGGUGGUGCUUUUUUAAUAAGUUUCAAAAUCUCUAGACUAUAUAUUUUUGUCAA